UUCGCGCCGGUCGUUCGAACGAGACGCGUGCGGUCGAAUCUAAUUUCGAAUAGUGUUCCAUACUCGUGAUCAGUGCCAGUGAAUUUUUGAUUUGAAAAUAGUGACCUAUUCGCUUGUUCCAAUUUUGAAUUUUGUUUCUUUUUUUGCGCCAGUGUGUUUUGUUUUUUUUUUAAAUAUUGAUACCGGAGCUUCUGCAAGCUUGUAUUCCAGUCAUUCGAAAGGAAUCAUAUGUUUACAUCAGACGUUUCGGAGCUUGUUACAAAGGUCCGUGGUCACUGGGCGACUGACUCAGCGAGCUACGGCAACGACGUACGUCUGGGAAAUAAAAAAGAUUCCAGUGCUUAAAAAUCGCUUCGUCAUAUAAAAAUGUCCUGACUCAAACCCUGUAAUUCUUUGAAGAUUCAACUACAAAUCUAAAUCAAUAAACAUGACAAAGACAAGAUAGUCAAAAUGGCGGCGGAAGAUCGAGACUGGCUGGCGGACUAUUUUGAAAAUAGAACGAGAGUGGCAGACGACUUUGACAGGACCAACUAUACAUUCUACGACAACCAAACGAUAGUUCCGGCGUACUCGAAUUUUUCCAAUGAAGAUUUUUGCAGUUCGAAUCAUUCUCACGUUUACUUAAAUGUCACCUGCGAGGUUCCUAUUAGUUAUGCCGAGCCUAUGUAUGGCUACAUCGCGCCAUUUCUCCUGGCGACCACCAUCGUAGCGAACACAUUAAUUGUAGUCGUGCUCUCCCGGCGUCAUAUGCGAACUCCGACCAAUGUGGUGCUGAUGGCGAUGGCUCUCUGCGACAUGUUCACCAUGUUGUUCCCGGCCCCCUGGUUGUUCUACAUGUACACUUUUGGGAACCAUUAUAAGCCGUUGAGUCCGGCACGCGCUUGUCAAGCUUGGAACUACAUGAACGAGGUGAUACCAGCGAUGUUUCACACUGCAAGCAUUUGGUUGACACUGGCUUUAGCUGUUCAGAGAUAUAUCUAUGUGUGUCACGCGCCCGUCGCCCGGACUUGGUGCACUAUGCCGCGCGUGAUGAAGUGCCUCAUCUAUAUUGGGAUAGCUGCCUUCCUGCAUCAGCUGCCGCGAUUCUUCGACCGCCAAUUCGUGCCCCAUCUCACCUUCUGGAGAGGACACUUCGAGGAAGUCUGCAGGAUGCAAAUGGCGCCGUGGGUGCAAUCGAUAUCCAUGGACGCGUACUUUAUCUCCUACUUCGGAUUCCGAGUUCUAUUUGUCCACCUCAUCCCCUGCACUUCUCUGGUAGUUCUCAACGUUCUCCUCUUCAGGGCCAUGAGAACUGCCCAAAUAAACAGGCAGAAACUCUUCAAGGAAAACAGAAAAUCCGAAUGUAAAAAACUGAGAGACUCAAACUGUACCACGUUGAUGUUGAUUGUCGUUGUGACAGUAUUUCUUUUGGUAGAAAUCCCAGUCGCCGUUGUCACUAUACUGCACAUUAUAUCGAGCACUAUGGUAGAAAUUUUAGACUACCAUAUUGCCAACAUACUAAUUUUGAUCACGAAUUUUUUCAUCAUAGUUUCGUAUCCGAUCAAUUUCGCCAUUUAUUGCGGCAUGUCCCGGCAAUUUAGAGAAACGUUCAAAGAGUUGUUCAUCCGGGGAGCGGUUACGAAUAGAAAAAAUGGCGGUUCCAGUAGAUAUUCCCUAGUAAACGGCCCUAGGACUUGCACGAAUGAAACUGUGCUUUAAACAUUUAAAAAAUAAAAUGUAAAUAUAUAUUUUAUACUAAUGCAACAUGCAACUCUUUUAUAUAAACUGUCUAUUUGUAUAAUUGUAGACAUAUCAAUGUAUUUUGAUAUUCGCCUAAAUGUCUAUAAAUUUGUUUAAAAAAAAUGUUGUUGCUUUUGUUGAAAAUUGUUUUUUAAAUUUUAUCAUUAAUUAAGAUACUUUUUAACGACCGUGCGAUUACCUGAUCAUGCUUGUCGUAAACUUAAAAACAUUUAUUCACAUUUUGUACAUUACUUUUGUUGAUUUUUGUUCAUUUAAAACUGAUUAGCUGAUUACACGGCCCCUAAAUGGCGAGCCCCCAUUUGGAAAAAGUAUCUUAUUUUUAGUGUAUUGUAAAUAUUUAAAUAUACAUAAUUGUACUAUAGAUGGCAUUUUCAUUUUAGUGUGCUUAGACAUGUACUUAUUUUGUAAAUAAAACAAAGGAAAUUAUUUAAAACGAAAUUAUUUAUUAGUGGAUGUGUAAAAAUCAGAGUAGUAAGAGAAACUAAUGUUAAUUAUAUAAAUUAUAUUAAAUUUUGUUAUAAAGUAAUGUAUAAUAUUUAUUAUUAAUUAGUAAUAAUAGUAAUAAAUAGGUAUUCAUUUAGAAAACUGUUUCAUUUAGUUUUGAAAUAAAUGAACCAUAUUUCUACAGCUUCUGAGUUAUAUAAUGAACAAAAAAGAUCUGCUUUCAUAUGUAAGCGAGUAUAGAAGAUACAUCUUGUUACAAAUCUGUGUUACGGACCACGGCGAAUCAAAUGUAUUAUGUUAUUAAAAGCUAUGUAAUACUUAAUAAAAAUAAAAAAAUAUUUUCAUGUGUCUAAUUUUAUAUAUUUUAUGUACCCUUAAUUUUCUCUGAAAUGAUAAUAUAUUUGUUGUAACUGUCUCCGCUAACAGCCGCACUUCGAAUAUUGCGCAGAUGAGAGUUGUAGAAUACAAAACCAACAUGUUCCUUCCACUUUUAAUAUAAUCACA